GGGCUCCAAAUUUGAAAAGGUGGCUGCUCGGUGACUGUGGGCCAGCAUGAAGCAAACACAAAUAAGGACGAGGGGCGCAUUCUAACUUCUUCAGCUGAUCCCGACCAAACAACACUGGCUUCACAUUGGCCCACUUUCAUCUACAAGUCACCUCACCUCCUGGUUCUGGGGGGAAAUUUGCACAUCAGAGGAGGAAAAUGCAGUACACACCUGAAUCCAAUGUUUACCCUGCCAGGUGCAAAGAGCAGCACUGUUAUGAUGACUGCUUUGACAGUGGAUACUCCGGGUUAUUCCACAGUCCACAGAGCAUCAGUGGAGUGGACUUCUGUAGGUCUUUGUCACCUGUUGAAUUCAAUGAGACGCCCAAAGAGAACCUCAGACUUCCUGUCACACCGAAAGAGAGGAGCAGAGAGUCGGCCAGGUUUUUGGACAAGGACUCCAGGGCAACACAGCUGCCAUCAACAGUUAGUUGGUGUGAAACUCCAAAAGUGUAUAAAAGAGAUGCCUCGCUGCGACACAGACUUCUGAUGUGCAACUCGAACACAGAUGUCAAAACUGACAACACAAGAUCAAUGAGCAACAGAAGGACUGAAUCUUCCACCAUCAGUAUCCAGUCUGAUCACUGGCUCAGUGCAUCGUUGGACUCUCUAGACUCAGUGAUGGGGGCUUUGACAUCAAGCACAUUAAACCUAAAACAGGACCUGCCUUUAUCUGGCAGGAAACGCCGUGUCCUUUUUUCACAGAUGAGGACCUCCACUCUUGAAGAUGGUAAACUCCACUCUGGUCAUCCUGCUGAUUUUGAGAGAAUAGGUUCCCUUUCAAGUGCAGAUUUCAGUAAGAGCUUUUCUGCCUCUGAUCAAAUGAUUAUUGAGACUCCGAACUCUAGAAAAUCUCUGCCUGUCUCAUCCAAGGAAAACUCUCAAUCACCAGUCAGUGUUGUGAAAAAUGACCUCAAUUACUUCUUUUGCAGUCCAUCCUCCUCACAUACACCAAGGUACAUCAGGUUGGUGUGUGAAGACAGUGGUUUCAGUUCCCAAGACUCCUCAGUGGACCACGAUGGCUCAUUCCAGGAGCUGCUGCUCGCUGCCUCCAGAAGAAACUGUGAAACCCCAAAUCUGGCGGAGGCAAAGCGGCGCUCCCGUUUGCAGCGUCAGCACAGGCUCUCCACGCUAAAAGAAGGGGGCUCUCAGUCAGAGGAAGACCCAGCAGACAGAAAACAUGAACAUCUUAAUCUGUGCCACAGCUCUUCUAAAGAUGUUUUUGCUGAUGAUGCUACUCCUCGCAGGGUUCUCUCUAUUAAAUGUGAUAAUAGUAUGACUUUUGAUGGUUUGACCUAUUCAAAACCAGAUUAUGCCACCCCUCUCAGAGCCAUCUCUGCCAAGCCAGAAAACAUGACACCUUUAGGCACAGCUCCUUAUCCAGAUGUUACCCCUCUCAGGACAACCCCAGUAAAUCUCUCACUGACUCCAGCUUUGCAGCUUGUUCAUGCUAUGUGCCAGCAGAAAGCUCAGAUGUUUGCUGGCCAAAGUCCAAGCCUGAAGGAGCAGUUGAAGUCCACAGCAGCACUGGCCCAGACCCCGGUGACAUUUAGGACAGCUAUGCCAUUGGCAGGACUGAUUGGCAGGAAGAUGGGGGUGGGAAAGGUAGACAUACUCACAGAACUGAAGAAGAGGAACCUCAGGCACAUCCUCGCUGUCAUCCUCAGUCACCUUGCCUCUGAGAGCAUCCACAGGUGUGGUCAAGUGUGUAAAAGCUGGAGUGAAAUUAUCCGGCAGGACAAGCGGGCUGCCUUCAGGAUUAGAAGCUAUCUGAGUGAAGUGACUGCCUCUCUUGAGCUCAGUGGUGCAGUCCACGUCCCUGAUGCAGAGACCAGACUGACUCUUCUAAAGAGGUCGGCCCUCAAGACGGUUCAGGCUCAGUCCAGGACUUCAAUCUACUGCACCCCGCAGUCAGGAAAUAGAACUUCAAUCCAACUACAGCACUGUGUCGUACAUUCAGUCAGCAGCAGCAAACGAGAGAAAUAUCUAGAAGUUGCCAAAACUCUUUUCAAUGAUGAGUGCCUCAAGCCCUGCCCUAGAUGUCAGCAUCCUGCUAGAUGUCACUCGGUGAAAGGGGAAGGUGUGUGCAGUAGAGACGACUGUGGUUUCAAGUUUUGCACCGCUUGCUUGUGCACUUUUCAUGGAUCUAGAGAGUGUGGCAGCCAGUCUGUUGGCCGUCGCAAAAAGGACAUACUUCUUCCAGGAAGUGCUCAAAGUCGUAGAAACGUCAAGAGACUAUGAGAAGGGAACUCUAUUCCUUCUUGCUAUGCCAGAGUCCAUUAAGCACUUUUUUCACCUGCUUUAUAGGGAGAAUGAAGCUUUGCAACAAUGAAACUGAUUCGUGGCCAGUACAUUGUUCUAUGCUCAUUAUUUUGUCUUUGUACCUGUCUAUGUACUGUAUGAACCUUUUUUCAACUCAACUCUUUCUUCUGAGUUUUUAAUUAUGAAUUUGAAGGAAGGCUCCCAGCAAUACAUUGUUUAAAUUUAGCUGUUGGUGUAAUUCUCAAUACGGUGUUCAAGUGUAGAUACUGUUUUUUUGAAAUUCCUGAGAUUUUCAGCUUUUACCAAUGUCUUUUCAGAUCAGUUUUUAAAUAAAUCUUGUCAUUAUUUUAUUUUUUA